CUGCUCACUAACCAACUGCUAUGCAUAACGUCAAACGUCAUAAACAGACUCCAGAGGCUCUUGCUGAAAAGAGACAGCGAGAAAAGUCCAAGAUCGAUGAGUACCUCGCUUUAACAGACGAUGUGUUAUCUCGAAAGAAGAAACAGGACUGGAGCAAUGAUGCUUUUGAACUGACGCAGCGUUUGCUCCAGAUCAACCCUGAAUUCUACACCGUGUGGAAUUAUCGUCGAAAUAUCUUACUCAACGGUAUAUUUCCUCAGAGUACUCCGGAGCAAAUAAAUAACCUUCUCUCCAACGAGCUUUCCAUGACUACUACAGCUCUGAAAGCAAAUCCGAAAGUCUACUGGAUAUGGAAUCACCGUCGCUGGUGUCUCGAGAAUGUCCCAGACGGGCCAGAACGCAACGAGGUACCGUCUAUGGAAUGGAGACAGGCAAAUUGGGAUAAGGAACUCUUUGUAGCGGAGCGGAUGCUGGACGCAGAUGCAAGGAACUUCCACGCUUGGAAUUAUCGCAGAUAUGUCCUCGCAAACAUGCCCACACGAAGGCCUGAGACCUCAGAGUUGGUUUACACUUCUCGCAAAAUUGGAGCAAAUUUCUCCAAUUUCAGUGCAUGGCAUCAAAGGUCUAAGACCUUGGUCGGACUUUGGGAAAGUGGUCAGCUGGAUCCUAUCCAGUCGAGAGACGACGAGUUCGAGUUUGUAAGCAACGCAUUAUACACCGACCCGGAAGAUCAAAGCGCGUGGAUAUACCAUAGAUGGCUCAUUGGUUCCGGGGAAAACAAAGCACAAUUGGAACGCGAGAUACAACUCAUCUUCGAAUUGCUUCAAGAGCAACCUGAUAGCAAAUGGUGCAUGGAGUCAUUGGUCCACUAUAAGCGACUUUUACUUCAAAAUCACGCUCAAGAUUCCCAAACCCUGAAACAGGAGUGCAGAGAGUUACUUUCUCGGUUGGCAGACUUGGACCCUAAUCGGUACUUCAGAUAUCAGGAUUUAAAGAGGGACCUCGAUCAGUAGUUUAUUUUGCUUGGUUUUCUGGUUAAUCUAUUUGUUGUUCGCGCUGAUCAAUUGCGUUCCAUCUUCAUCUCCGCCUC